UUUUGGGUAUCGUACGUCAGUUCGCGAUUGAAAGUGCAUCUAAGUUGACGCGUUUGUUUAUAAAAAAAUUUCGUCAUUUACAAGUUUGAACAGUUCUGAUCGUGUCAAUCUAGGCGAGUUUAUUAUUGAACAAUUCAUUUAAUAUUGUACUGUUUGUGACAUCUAAGACCAAACUGGCAUUUGAUCAAAUCAUCGGAAAACGAGACGAUGAAUGUACAGAUUCUGUUUAGGUUAUGUGCAACAGCAUCUUGAUCAUAUCUGGUCAUCACCGUACACUUCUGAUCUCGGCUUGUCGGAAAAUCACGUUACAGAGGUGCUCUUAGCGUCCGCCCUUUGUCAAACGAUCCCUCUUUCUAACCUUUCUGCCUUUUCUACGACGAUUAUCAAGAAGAAACGGUCGCUCCGGGACAAAAUAUCAGAGCCGGGAGACGUUUGUCGCUGAAGAUGUCCAACAGCAUUCGUUACACGAAGGAGAACAAGUCUCUGACACAGGAGCAACGGAUGUUCUACGAAAAAAAAGGAUAUCUGGUGUUCCCCCGUCUUGUGCCGCAACAUAUACUCGAUAAAUGUCACAAAAGGUUCGACGACAUCGUUUCUGGCAAGGCUCCACGCAGUGGAAUAACCGUGAUGUACGACGUGAAGGACAGAAAAUCGGUCAACAAAAUACAGGACAUAGCUGGGGACGACGUUUUCUGCGAGUACAUCAAGCACAAAAAUGUCCUCGACAUUGUGGAAGCCGUCACCGGUCCAAACAUCAUGGCUAUGCACAGUAUGCUGAUCGCGAAACCUCCCGAUGUCGGAUUCCAGACCUCCAAACACCCGCCUCACCAGGACUUGUAUUACUUCCCGUUCCGGCCAGUAGACCUGAUAGUGGCCUCAUGGACUGCCAUGGAACGUUGCACCAUUGAGAAUGGAUGUCUUUACGUGGCCCCAGGUACACACGCAAUCGAUCGUUUGCUGAGACACGACUAUCCCCCGGGAGCAAAGCCAGGAUCAGUCAACAAAUUCUAUCAUGGCAUUCUGGACCUACCUGAGUCGAUAAACUGGGUGCAACUGGAAAUGGAACCGGGCGAUACAGUGUUUUUCCAUCCCCUAUUAAUCCACGGAUCCGGCGUGAACAUGAGCCAGAAAACCAGACGGGCCAUUUCUUGCCAUUACGCGGCUGCAGAGUGCCAUUACAUCGACGUGACGCAAACUGUGCAGAACAACAUUGCGACGGAGAUAAAGAGCCACGUAACCAGCAUCUCCCCCGGUAUCGAGAUGAAAUACGAGGACUUGUGGCGUUUCAAGGCCAAACUAGUGCGCGGGAUGAAGUCCUCUCUCUAAGAGUACGAUAAGUACAUCUCAUGGGGGCUCCACGUGAUAGUAGUAGUUGAUCAAGAUAGAGGUGUAAUAUUUGCACGGUAGCAAAAUCGAGUCGUUGCUCGGGUAGACGAUGAGGCAGAGAGGAGGGAGAAGGGUGAGUAACGGCAUGACAGAAAAAGAUGCAACGACAACGGAGUUGUCGCCAUUAUUAUUUAGCGAAUCAGAAUCACGACGGUGUCUUUGAUGGGUGUACGGCGGCUGGAGGGCGUAACAAUGUUUCGAAUGAGGAUCUUUGUAGGUGUUCUCGUGACGAACGCUGGCACUCGAGGUGCGACACGCAGCCAGACAAAUUUGAAAACGGUCCAGGUUGCGCAAGCGUUUCUUCACAACAUCUUGGUCCCUGUGCACUUUGUGGUUGUCCCUCAGCAGCCCUAAUAACAUGUCCUUCCUGCCUUUUAUUUGCUGUUGAUAAAAACGAUUCAUUAAUACUCCAAUUUUUUGUAGUAUCAGAUGAAGAGAGAAAUUAGAUAGGAGAAACAGAGGAUCACCUUGCCGGGAUGUAAGCAGCAGGACACACAAUACUCGUAAAUCGCGCAGCACCCUUGCACAUUGCAAGUUUUACAACUAUACCUCUCUCUUUUUACCACAGGGGCUUCCUCGUUCUUGUAAUUCUUUUCUUCUAUGCUACAACAGCCGUUCGGCAGAAUAUCUUGUCUGCCACAGACGAUACCACGCUCGUCCACGAUCAGAGCUUUUCCCUAACAGAAUGAGAAAACAUUAGUUAACAAGCUUAAGCAAAACAUCAGGUCAUUCAAUAAAUAGUGAAAAUUUUCUCUUAACCCUUAACUGCGGACGUCCGAAUUUCUGAUAACUACUCACUAAAAUAUACUGUUUAUGAAAUGAAUAUGAUAUUAACAUAACAUUUAUUACACAUAUUAGUGGUGACAAGGAAAGAGGAAAAUACUCGAAGUUAUGAUUUCUAGAUUCACUUAUGGUAUAAGUAGUAAGCAAUAAUGUUUACAGUAGAGUCUGUCAGACUCCAUAUCCGCAGUGAGGGAUCAUCCCUUUGAUAAAUUAAAUUAUUAUUGAUAAAUAAAGUUAUCACAAUCACAACCAUUGGUUUUCUACAUUUCUGACAAAUAUAUUUCUGAUAAAUAACUGGUCUAAUAGUUGACAAAGAACUAAUAGUUGUGAUCUGCUGUUACAAUAUACCUGGACAGAGUUGCGGCAAGGUUGAGCUACAACUUCGCUGUCAUUUAAGUUAGGUAUCGCCUCUACGUUUAUCUGGUUAUCGUUUGUCUCUUGGUCGAGAGUAGCCUGCCAAAGCAGAGGCUUGCCAGAUGCUUUUAAUUGAUCCAUCAACACCUCGUCGUCGGAGAUUAGGUCGUCGUUAUUGUCAUUGACCAUCAUAGCGUCCAUAUCGUCCAGGUCAUUAUCUAGAGUUAACGUUUUCCUCUAUGGAUAAAAUGAUAUCGCGUUCUAAGUACCAAGAUUGGUGGUUCUUAUUCAGAUGAUUAAUUUACCUCGUUACGAAACAAUGAAAAGGCGCAGUAGGUGAGCGACAAAGCGAAUAUCAGUCCGAGUACGAGGCGGCGUCUAAUGAUCCUGAACAGACCGCCGCAACUCGGCAUCCUUUCCACUUGAUCCAACGUGCCCCCGUGAUUUCGAUCGACAUUAAAUUCCUUGGUUAGUGUUCAGGCACAUGGUCGACAGCCAACUGACAGCGCAAAGUCAUUUCGUUAGAUCGUAUUCAAGUUUCUAGAGAUCUAUGAUCUAUGAAACUGUCUAAUCAUCGUUACGCUAUGAAAUGUAAAUCAAACAGGCUCGGAUAUUUAACAUAACCGUGGAAAAUGCGAGACAAGAAAAAUGGAGGGAAAGAGAGAGGUUAUGUUGUUCUUCUGACAGUCGCAAAACAUUCGUGAAGCGCUUACCGAUUUCGGCGCGCAAUUAAUUCUGUUGGUGCUACAUGAGCUUCUUUCAGAUCGGCCGCACGUUCAACGACCAAAAUUCAGGUUAUCUUUCUCGUAAAUACGAAAUUUAAUGAAAUUCUUGUCGCUCGACAUGCGAGAAAUGAUACAAGAUGGAUACAAGUGCGUUGACCUGUCCAAUGUGCCUGGGUGACGUUAAUGAGUGCGCGGUUACCGUGGUAGAUGUCCCUGCUUAACUAACACAUUAUUUUGUUACUGAUAAUUUUUCGCAAAAGGUAUUUAAAAACGUAUUUUAUAAAACAAUUAGUUAAUUUUUAAAUGUGAUAGAUACAAAUUUACCGACAGAGUAAAUAUUCGCUGAAAAUUCACAGUAGCGACACUUGUUAUUCCUUAGCAAAUUAACCGGUAUCGGUAAUUUGUUUACCAGUUUUAGUAUUUUGCCACUGCAUUUAGUGACGCUGUUUCUAGAUUUUAUGGGAAGAGCACAAAAGCACCACCUGUAUUACAAUUAUGAACCUUCAAAAUUAUCAUUUAUGGAUAAUUUUGACGAAUAGUUUGAGCGUUCUGCCACUACGCGAUUUGACGCUGUACGGACCUCUAAUCUUGUUUCAAAAUUUCACCACACGCGGCACCGCUUAUCACAAAAGACGUUAUUUUUAAAUAUGGAUUUUUAAUUUUAUUUUUAUUUUCAACGAUAAAUAAAUUUUUUGCAUUAUAUAGGUUGCAUUUAUAUACUCUCAGAAUAAUUUCUGUAAAAUUCCUAAAUUGUUAGACGUUUAAUUAUUAUAAUGAAGUAUUGUAGACAUGAGAUUAUAAUUAUAAAUAGACACAAUUUUUGUGAGGUAGUAUAUAUAUGUAGUAUAUGUAAUAGGUAGUAUAUAUAAUAUAACAAAUUGUUGAAAUAUAAAAAGCAAUUGGGUUUCUGUCUUCAGAUGAAUUGUAAUUAUGGCUUUAUAAUAAAUAUAAUAAAAUAUCA